GUUUACAAUUUUUAAUAACACCGAGUUUCCAGGCUAAAAAAUAUUUAAACUUCCAAAAUCCUAUAGAAAUAUCCUUUGCAUCUGUUGUGACUAGUUAACAUACAUGUCAUGAAUUUAGAACUAUUGGAAUCAUUUGGUCAGAACUAUCCGGAAGAAUUUGAUGGUUCUCUUGACUGUAUCUCAUUGGCGGUAACCUGUGCAUUUAACAAAUAUGGCACUCUCUUGGCGGUAGGCUGUAAUGAUGGACGCAUCGUGGUGUGGGAUUUUCUAACUCGUGGCAUUGCCAAAAUUAUAUCAGCACAUGUUCAUCCAGUGUGCAGUUUGAGCUGGACACGAAAUGGCCACAAAUUACUCUCAGCCUCUACUGACAACAACGUGUGCAUUUGGGAUGUUCUGUCGGGUGAAUGUGAACACAAAUAUAGAUUUCCUUCGCCUAUAUUAAAAGUUCAAUUUGAUCCGCGCAAUGAUAAAAGAUUUCUUGUAUGUCCCAUGCGUUAUGCUGCGGUGCUGGUGAAAAUUGGAGAUGCCCACAAAUGUUUGCCUCUUGAUUCAGAUGGAGAUCUUAACAUAGUGGCUUCGUUUGAUAGAAGAGGUAAACAUAUUUACACGGGUAAUGCCAAGGGUAAAAUAUUAGUGCUGGAUGUUGAAAGCUUAGAAAUAAUAGCCAGUUUUCGUAUUAUUGUUGGUACUUCCAGUGCCACAGCUGUAAAGAGCAUAGAAUUUGCCCGGCGUGGAGAUGGUUUUCUAAUUAAUACCUCUGAUCGAGUUAUACGUGUCUACGACUCAAAAGAAGUACUGUCAUUGGGUAAAGACGGUGAACCCGAACCUAUACAAAAACUUCAGGAUUUAGUAAAUAAAACUACUUGGAAAAAAUGCUGUUUUUCGGGUGAUGGUGAAUAUAUAUGUGCCGGCAGUGCUCGACAACAUGCUUUAUAUAUAUGGGAAAAAUCUAUAGGAAAUUUAGUGAAAAUUCUUCAUGGCACUAAAGGUGAAUUAUUACUGGAUGUAGUCUGGCAUCCAGUACGUCCUAUUAUUGCAAGCAUUAGUUCUGGCUUGGUAUCAAUUUGGGCUCAAAAUCAAGUAGAAAACUGGUCUGCUUUUGCUCCAGAUUUCAAGGAACUCGAUGAAAAUGUUGAAUACGAAGAACGUGAAUCAGAAUUUGAUAUAACAGAUGAGGAUAAAUCUCUGGAUUUAAAUGCUGAUGCCAAACAGGACGAGGAAAUUGAAGUUGAUGUACAAAAAGCUGAACCAGUGGCUGCGUUUUGUUCUUCCGACGAAGAGGUAGAAGACGAAAAUGCCUUACAAUUUUUACCUAUGGCUCCCGAGGUUGAAGACCCCGAAGAUGGUUGGGCAGUACAAGACGGUUUGGAUGGUAAUACAUCUAAGGAUAAUGAUUCGGCUACAAUGCAUGAUUAUGGUGAUGUGUCGGCAAAAAAGAGAAAAAUGAAUAAUUACGAUAUAACUUUACCAGAUGCUCCCACCGAUGAAUUACAUCCUUUGGUAUCUAGUAAAACAAAUAAAGAUAAACAAUCAUCGGGUGGUAAAAAGACAGCAGGACGACCUAAAAAGUAAUAUUAUUCUCAAUGUUUGAUUUGUAAAGUUUAAAAAAGUGUAUAAACUGUUUUAUUAGUUUUGACCUUAA